AUGGAUAUCGCGGGGCUGAGGUUGUCACAUUCAAAAGUAAAAUUCAUUGGGACUGAGCCGGGGGAGCUGCACCAGGAGACAAUCACCCUGCAAAACAUCAGCAGCGCCCCCAAAAAGGUUGUCGUCCGGCCAACCAAGCACAAGUUAUUCAGGAUCAUUGUGAACAAUAAGGAAAAUAAAAUUGCACCUGGAGUACAGAUUUCAGCCCGAAUAGAAUAUUCAGCAGAUAAAAGAGAAGACGCAAAGGAUGAAUGUAUUGUAUCCAUAGAUGAAGAUCUUAUUAAGAUCCCACUACUUGCGUUUGUCUCUGUUUGUGAUCUUCGUAUUGAUCCAGAAAUUGAUUUUGGCACUGCAGUAGCCAACAGUAAACUACUUGUGAAAGAAAUAAAUGUUCAAAAUCAUGGAACGCUCUCAGGCCAGUUUCUUAUUGUGGAUAGAAACAAUCUACCAUUUUUGGUCAUUACACCCAAGUGUGCAGAUGUUUUGCCGAACACACAGCAGUUGGUCAAAAUUGAAUUGUGUACUGUCCAGCCGAUGGUCCUUGAUGAAAUGCUUCUGGUGUGCUUGGAAGGUGCUGAAGAUACUACUCUGAGAGUUAAGGCAAAUAUAGUUGCCUCCUUACUGGAAGUUCUUGAUUUCUCUGGCCAGAAGCUUGACUGUAUUCGGUUUGGUGGUACAUAUUAUGGAACAUCAAAACUGGAUCAAGUUAUUUUGUAUAACAACAGCCCAGAAACCAUUGAUUGGGUGACUGUGAUGGAAAACAAUGCUCUUGGAUCUGAAGUGGGUACAGAUUUAUCCUUGAGUUCAGAUGCUGUUUUGGCAAACAGAAAGGUAGAUGAGCCAACACCAACUGCUUAUACAUUUGGUCUGAUUACAUGUCAACCGUGCCAAGGGAUUUUACAUCCAUAUAACAAAACCAUUGUUACUUUGUGCUUCAAUCCGAAGGAUACUGACCCUUUCAGAUUUCAUAAAAAAGAGAACGAAAUCCCACAUUACCGAGAGUAUGCCCUUUAUGUGAGAUUUGAAGCCUUGGGCAGCUGUGAUACCUUUAUGAAGAAAUCAUCUGGAAGCAUUGAGAGAAAAGAUCAACCACAAGUUGAGUUAGCACUCACUGGAAUUGGAUUCCGUGUUUGUUUAAACAUCAGUCCAGUGACAGAAUUUGACUUCAAGGAAUGUUUUCUUGGUGAAAAGGCUUAUGUUAUAAGUACUCUUCGAAAUGAUUCGCCGUUGCUUCCACUAUGCUUUCAGUUCCCUAAGAUAGCACAUUUUCAGAUCACUCCAGCAAAAGGAAGGAUUAAGCCAGGGCAGUCAAAGGAUAUUAUUAUCUGCUUUGCUGCUGAGCAACUUGGCACUUUUCGAGUAAUUCAACUGAUAAAGUUUUUUGGACUGGUGAUGGUCCCAGACAAUCCAAUAAAGUUGAAAAUGCAGCCAUUUCACCAAAUGAAAAUUACUUUAUUAGGUGUCUGCAAAACUUCUGUGAAGAAACUGGAGCCAAAAUCAAUUCCUCAAAUAACUCCUGUCAUUGCUAAAGAACCUGAAACACUGGCUCAGCAGACAACUGAUCGAAAAGUCAAGUACAUUGAUUCUUGUCCUGUGACGCUCCCUACUGGCUGUGAAAGCUUGCUAUUUCAGCAAAACAGAAGCAAAAAUUUAGAAAACAAGGCAUCUCCUUCAAAACCUGAUGGCAGAGGCGCAAGUACCAGGUCCAGCAACAGAAUUGAAAAAUACACUGAAAAAACACAUCAACAGAUUCCUGUGGACCCUGAGUACACUUACAAUGAUGAUGAGGUAGCAGCAAUGAAAGCCCAUAAAAAAUAUUAUGAAGAUUUUAUUCGGCAUCUAAGAUUGCGUCGCUCACAAAAGCAGGAUCGCAGAGAAUUUGAACAAUUUAACAACGCAAAAGAUAUUGGUCUGAGACCUGCAGAAGGACUAAACUCUCCAUAUCCUGAAGUCACACCCUUUAUGCCACAGAGACAGCCACUAAAAAUAUGUUCUACGGUGCCGCCACCUAGGAAACACAAGCCUAAAGUCACAUACAGCAAUCUUGCAGAAAAACCAGCAUUGGCCUGUCGCGAUGAAGGUUCCAUAGGUGCAAUGGGCCAUUUUGCAAAGGCUAGAGAUGGCCUUAAUGCUGUUCCAUCUUCACUUCAAGAGGAAAUGGAUUGCAGUUUGUUUCUGACACCCCAGCAAAUUCAUCAAAUAUCCAUUGGUCCAACUACAAUUGACUUUGGAAAUGUUUGUGUAUAUUCAACAUCAAAGCAGAUUUUAAAUAUUGUGAACAACUUACCCACUUACAUACUAAUUGAAGUGACAGCUGACUAUCCAGAACUCCGGGAAUCCAGCCCAUUGUCUCAGGUGGUACCACCCACGACCGCAGCUUGCCUACCUAUAAUAUUUGAAUCUACAUCAGAGGGAGCAUUUCAAAAGUCAAUAGACUACAAGAUAAAUAAUCAUCACGUCGGUCGUAUAUUAAUACUGGCAAAUGUGGUUUGUGUGGCUCUUGAGCUAUCAACCAACGAAGUGGUGCUGACCCCAAACUAUGGGUAUCUAGCAGAAACGGGCUUCAGAACAACUGUGCGGCUUUACAACAGGCGGAACUACCCUGCACAAUUCAGCUGGAGUCCAAUCCUCUCAGAAGAUGGAAUCGCAUUCUUUAUCCGACCUGAUGGAGGCAUCGUAGAUGCUUUCAAUGAUCUGGAAUGUGAAGUGGCCUGGCAUGCCUCAUUCUUCUCCCCUAAGGAAGGAGAGUUCGAUCUUAUUGUACAUCAUGGGAACAAACUGAGAUUGAAAUGUAUUGCUAAGCUUGGCCAUGUGAACAUUCGCUUUGCUGAGAAUCGUCUGCUUUUUAAGUCUGCUUCUUGGAAUUUAACCACCAUGAAAACAGCGAUUCUCAAAAAUUAUGGACAACAUCAUGCUUACUUUAAGGUAAGAAAUGUGCAUCCUGUUCCGGGAAUGACUGUAACUCCUGCUUAUGGAAUAGUACCAGUUGGAGGUCAUGUGCUUUUCAAAAUUUUCUUCCAUCCAACAACAGUGUUCAAAUUUGAUACCAGAUUAAAGCUAGACAUUCGUAAUUCAAAACUAUUGAAGCUACGGGUUGGUGGAUCAGUGAUAAGACCAAUGGCUGAAAUUGAUGUGAAAUCUUUCGUGUUCCAUGGUAUAUACUGUGGUGCUUCUUCCACGAUUCCAUUCACUUUAAUUAAUUCAACUGAAUCACCAAUCAAACUUGAAUUUGACUUUGCUAAGUACAGAGAUUUCUCACUGAAUUUUGAAGCGUCUGCAGAUGCAACACAAGAUCUGCUGAAUCAUCAGUUGUAUAUUGUUUCUCUAAGAGGGAGAGAGCAUAUCAAAUGCGAAUUAGUGUUCAGUCCUACAGAUGUGGCAUCCUAUGACUUUAAUCUACCCGUCAUGAUCAAUGGCAGUGUGACACCAUCUCCUCCUCCAAGUUCUAUACCACCUGAUCCUUAUGAUGAAAUAUCUAUAGGUUCUUCUGAAGUACAAUUGCUGAAUUCUGCUACUCCAUCUCGCAGAGUGCAAGCUACCGUAUCAACAAAUGUUACGUUAAUUGAUCAAGACAGGAACAGGUUCACCUUACCUGUCUCGGCAUCUGCAGAUAAUUGCCUGUUAUCUAUAUAUAGAUAUAUUGCCCUCCACAGUACAGACCAACAUAUUGUUCUCAAAACUGGAACUAAUGCAAGCAAACAUGACAGUAUUGGAAAAGUUAUUCUACAACCCUAUUACACUCCAGCUGCAUCAACACGCAGUUCAUCUACCAUCACCAGAUUCUCUCCUUCCACUUCUUCUUUUGAGGAAUCUGUUACAGAUAGUUCUAGAAAUGCAGAUUCCAAAGUAGAAAAGAAAGACGCAGAGAGUGAAGCUGAGCUAUUAGGCAGGAAGAACUAUUUGGGAGAUCUCCUGUUUUCUGCUGAGAAUAUUACGGAAGAUAUUUUCUAUCAAAGGGUUCUGAAUGCAGUACGGACUUGGUUCACUCUUUUUGGUUGGCCAAAUGGCAUGAAUCCUGUUUCUAUACCAGAGUCGCUGCGAAGGUAAGUAUCACAAAUGAUUAAAUCUUGUGGUAAUGGAGAAUUGUAAUUAUCCACAGAACAUAUCGGUAGAGAUACAAAGACAAUUUAUGAAAUGCUAAACCAUCUGAGCGGCCAGUGGCUGCCAGGAUUCACUGGAAAGAAACCAUUGCUUGGUGACCCUAUGGAACGUUUACUACAAUUGCACUGGCAAUAUUCAACACUGUUUACAUUCUUAAAAGUUCAAGGAGCUUGUCUUGCUCACGUGAAACCAGAAUUCUUACUUGAACCUGAACAGUUUAAACAAUGGAACCAGCUACAGGGUUGUUCGCAGAUCACUGAAAGCACUGAAAUCUUUAAACUAGGUGAUGGUGUGUUUGAGUCUGUCAGUAAACGUUCAUGGACUGACUUGCUGCUACAGAUCUACAAGGUUACGGUUCUCUCUCGAUUGACACUAAAGGAUAUCAACAACAUUUUAAGUGAUCAGAAACACUCAGAAAAUAUCCCUAGGAUAAAUAUUGAGCCCAGUUCCAGCAAUAUAUAUUCCACUGGUGAACUUGUCCUGCUGACCUGGCUCAACCAUCAUUAUGAAACAAAAAGAUGUGCGGUGUGGGAAUGUUGCCAGAAAGGUGCUAUACCGCCAACCCGCUGGAUAAUUAAUUUUGAUUUAGAUUUGAUGGAUGGUUUAGUGCUUGCAGCUGUUGUGGCUGCUUAUUGCCCUCAUCUGAUUCCAACUCAUUUUGAAAAUAUGUAUACUUCUCCAGCUGCUCCUGAGCAAUGCCUACAUAACAGUCUGAUACUCCUUAAAGCAUUUGAUACCAUUGGCCUAGAUUUUGAUAUACAGGCCACUGACAUCUCAGAUCCAAAUCCUAUCAUAAUGCUUAUGCUGUGUGUUUACCUGUAUGAAAGACUUCCUAACUAUCGCCCUAAGAUGACUGUCGAGUUCACUGGCGAACUUCAUGCUACAAUUGUUAAACAUGUUCGACUUCAAAAUCCCUUCAUGAAGGAUCUAGUGUAUUUUGCAACAAUUGUCGGGAAAGAGGCAAAUGAUUUUACUUUGCCUAAUGGAAAUGAAGUGGUCAUUCCAGAAAGGAGUCAUGUUGAUAUAAAUGUAGAAUUCACAAGUCGGUUCUUGAAGCCAGAACAAGCUUUGCUAAUUUUUGUAUCAAGGUUGAGGAAAGGAGUAGCAGCCGCUACGACUACAUUUUUACUGACCUCACGAAUUAAUGGUAUUAAUCCUACUGAUACUUUUAAAUGUGAGUCUCCAUGCUUUAAGCAGAAAAGAAUGCAGUUCAAUAUUUCCAACCCCUUAAAUGUAAAUGGACUUUUCAGUGACUUACAGCCUGAGCCAGGUGGAUUUGGAAAUAAUGAGUUUGGAAAUGGAGCGAUUAAUCAGAAUAUGGGCCAGAAAAUGUCUCUCCAGGAGAAUUGGGUGUCAGAGUACUUCUGUGAAAUCAACUCAUUGAAUUUAGAGCCGCAGCGUUAUUCAGUCUUGGAAAUUCUUUAUCUUCCCUUUCACAUCGGAAAAUCCUAUUGUACCAUUUUGUUAAUGAAUGAACAGAUUGGAGAGUUUGUGUACUGUCUGGAAGGAACUGGCUGCAUACCAUUGCCUUGUACUGGAUUAGAAGUGUUCAGUCCUGAUGCUAUGUCGAACUAUUGUGGUGCUUCAGACAACAAGAAUGCAACACAAAUAAUUCUAUACUACAAAUGCAAUGCCAACUGUACCUUCGAUCAAGAAGUGAAAAUUCCCUUGAUUAAUGAAGCCAGAGAGAAAGCUUUGGCAAUUGUAGGACAGCAACAGAUGUCACAAACAGAAUACAAACGUAGAAAAAUUGCAGGAACAUUGGAAAGCAGCAGUGUCCGAGCUUCAGCUGCAGCUUCUAAUCCCUGCUGCACCCAGAAAAACGUGCUACAUGCCUUAACAACAGAUUGCACAGGGCCAAAAGUCAUUGAGUACACUGUAGAAUUAUCCAUGCCGGGCAAUUUUGAAUGUCCAGACAAAAUAUCGAUUCCUGUAUCCAGAGCACGCAUGGUGACUGCAGAGUCACCACAGACAUGUGGAAGGAACAUGAAUAAAACAGAGUACAGAGGAGCCUCGAUUAUCCGAAUGAGCUGGGCGGGGCAGUACUUUGUUUGGAUAAUUGAUUAUUCAGAUAAGGAAGACUCAGCUAUCCUGCCAAUGAAAUUUUUCGCAAAAGGACCAGGUCGAUACCCUUGUCAGAUUUUUCUCCGAUCCCCAUGUGACAUUCGUUUGUACAACAUUGUCUGUGUGGUAAAUCCUGAGGACAAUUUGGAGACUGAAUUGGAAGUCAUAGCUUCCACCCACCAAUCUGUCAUUAAAAACAUUCCACUGCAUAAUGACUCACAGGAAGACUGGAGACUUAAAGCUGUUCUGGAAGGGAAAGACUUCUUUGGCCCAUCAAUGAUGUACAUCCGGGCUUGUGAAACAUCGAUGUAUCCAUUAAUGUUCAAGCCAAAUUUUGAGUGUGUGACAAUGGGUAAACUUGUCCUGAUGAAUGAAACAGAUGGCACUGAACGUACCAUCAACCUCAAAGGGAUUGGCAAAAAGCCUGUGGCCGUGGAUCAUGUUAUGAUAGACUGCCAAGUAAGACAGAUUACAAGGCAGGUCCUAAUGGUUCCUAAUUAUACUCAAACCAGGUUAACAUGUAAGGUUGUAUCAGACUUAGCAAUAGUGAGUGGCGAACCAUACAUUACCUUAAAAGCUGGGCAGACUGCUCCAUACUUACUUAAUAUUUUACCUUGGAAACGAGGCAAGUUUACAGGAGUCAUCUCAUUUGUGGUCGAAGAUGAAACUCAGCAGCAGCAGAUCCCCCAGUGCAGUAGCUCUGUGGAAAAGUUGGAUAAUGAACAGCCAGCAUCAAAUGAGACAUCAGUGGCAUGUGAAGCAAGUGGGGAUGUAAAUUCUGAGAAGAACAUAUUGUACAGAGUUUGGUUUUACUUGGAGAUUAAUGCAACCCCAGCUCCACCUGAGCAGUGUCUCUGUGUAACCUGUGCUGUGCUGGAUGCCAUUGAUGUGAUCAUCCCUAUAAGUAAUCCUCUUCAAGAACCCUUGGUGCUUGAUGUGAUGUUGAAUGGAGCUGGGAUUACUGGAGACACUAACCUGGCAGUUGGGCCAAAAGAAGUUAUUUCUUAUAAAGCUAGGUACACCCCUCAUGUUGUUGGUGAAAGAUGUGGAAGUGUUACCUUCCACUCCGAUCGCAUUGGAGAAUUUUGGUAUGAACUAAACCUCACUGCAAAGAAGCCAACACCAAUUUCCCUUCCAGAAUUGCAGUGCGAGCUGGGAAAACGGGUUUGGCAGGUGAUCCCUCUGGUUAAUUCUACUGUUGAGACUCUGAAAUUGGAAGUAGUUAACAGUAACCCAGGAGUUUUCUCGGUAGAGAUUGAUCCUAGAAAAGUCUUAGUUGUGGGUCCUCAGUCUACGCUUGAAGUACCUUUUCAAUUCUCUCCGUCAACACUGGGAAAAAACAAUCAUUGUGCAACUAUUAUCUUUAAGUGUUCUCAGUUCGAAGAGUGGACAUUUCAUCUGUCAGGAGUAGGCUUGCUUCCCCAGCAGAUGGACCCUGUCAGUGUCAGUGCAUGUGUCAACUCUCAUGCAUCAGUUAUUGUGUCUUUUGAGAAUCCAACUAAUGAGUUCCUUCUGGUGGAUGUGGUGAUGACAGGUAAUGAACAGGUCAUGCACCAUCAGUGUCCUUCAGACCUGCUACAAUGCUCAAACAAAGACUCUGUUUUCUGCAUUCCACUGAAGCAAAAUCAAGGUCUAUUACUAUCCCCAAAAGGAAAGCUGGAUAUCCCUGUGAUCUUUGCACCUGAUGACAUGGUUUUAUAUGAGGGUCUGUUGGUGGUACAGAUUAAGAAGCAAGAUGGAAGUGGUUGGAUAUACGAAAUGGGUAACGUAACCAACAAAGAGCUAAGAAGUUUUUGUAGGUCACAAGGAGGAGGCAUUUCUGCAAUCCGAUGGCUGUAUCCAAUCUAUGGUAUCCCUGAAACAUUGUCCACAAAACUGUCACCUGCUGUGAUUCGGUGUCAAGCCAGAAACAGGAAAGAAGAAACAAUGGAAGUUCAUCUGACAGGUGUCGUCCCUGGCUCUUCAUGUGAUACAACACAGACCCAAACCAAACCCCCUUGUACUUACAAUCAAGAGGGAGGUCAGGGUGCCAGUGCAGGACAAACCCCCACAGGAGACUUUUUUUAUGAAAUUCAGUUUGAGACAGAGAAGGCCAGAAUUCAAAUGGAGUCCACAAUUGCAGUAAACUUUGUGAAGAAGAAAUGGGACACAGAAACAGGCAUUGUCACAAUCACUUUCAACAUUAUUUUUGCACCAUAUAAACCAGUCAGGUAUUCAGCAAUGCUGAAAGUGCAAUCUGCCACUGGUGGAAUCUGGAGAUUCCCAUUAUUGUUGAUUGCUACGGAGCCACAGGUGGACGAUGUGAUCAAUAUUGAAGCAUUAGGACUAAAUAAGGAAUCCGUGGUUUGCUUCAGGCUAACAAGCCAGACAAGGUAUCCCAUGCCCUUCACAGCCCACUUUCUACCUUGUAGUGAUCAGGCUUUUGUGGUAUCACCUCAAGCUGGUGAACUGCUUCCACUUGGCUCCACUGGGACUCUAUUCACUGUUGGAUUUACCCCACGUAUGUACAGCAAAAAGUACAAGGCAAAACUGCUGAUUCAGACCAUGGAUAUGCAAUGGAUGUAUGAGAUCAAUGGUUUGGAUCCCCAGUACACUCCUCCUAAUGUUCAACAUGGCAAAAUUUUCCACAAAGGCUUCAAGCAGACUGUUGUAGUCCAGCAACGUAACUUCAUCAAAGAAAACCUCAACGUGAUAACAACUGCAGUGUCCUCUCCUCUAAAAGGCGCUCCCCUCGUUCACUAUAAAUAAAACAAUUAGAGCAAAGUAAAUAUGAAAUGAAAUGUUACCUUUCGUUUUCUGAAGAACGUAGAUUAUUUUGUCUAUCUAAAUAAAAGCCCAUCAUUUAUAACUGACUUUCUACAUGGAAGAACAUAUUUUUAU